AUGGCCGAGGUUGGCGCGAGUCGGCUGACGGCUUCUCAUAUUAAAAUACCCAGCCAUAAAGAUACAUUUCCUGUACGGCCAAGAAGCAGCCUGAAAAAUGAUGAUACAGAUCUAAAUAAUAGCACAGCUACUAUAUAUACUAAAAACAACACAUACAAUAGCAACUCCCAUUUACAAUCAGAGAUCCAAUUACUAUGCAUGAUAAAGCCGCACCCAUAUCUAGCCAAUGCCGUCAAUAAGUUAUUACAUAUUAUUCCAACGUCUGAAUUAAACAUUCCCAACUUACUUCCACAUUAUCUUCAGAGCAAGAUCAUACCAUUUCAGCAAUUAUCUUCCAAGCAAAAGCUACGUGCAUUUUCAUUUGCCGGUAUAGCUCCGUCAGCAUUUAAUUUGCGCAAAGUUGGCCGUGAUCUACUGGACUCUACAGCUGCAAAUGCUCCUAGUUUUUCGCAUAAACUCCAUAAUAUUUGCGCAAACAACGAACCACAACUACAAUCCAUCGCCAACUUGUCUGAUGACAAUAAUGGCGAUCUUGCUGAACUGAGCGAUCCUGAUCCAUUUUAUCAGACUGGUCAUGAACAACACUCGUAUGCCUUUUUACUUCGACAGGGAUUCAAGUUUCAACACAUUAUUCGCCAUCGUCAUCAAUUUCUUUCAGUUAUUCAUCAUAUACGAGUUCCUGUACAUUUUGCUAACGGCAGUAUUGGACACGAAGCUGAAAAAGAUAAUGAAACUAAAAGUAUCAAGGAAAGUGAUAUAGUCGAGGACCAACAGCGUAUCACUCGAAUUCAAGAAGAUGAAGAUGAUGUGUUUCGAGAUAUCCCUACUGCUCCAACUACAUUCAGACCGUCCAGUAUUGCCACUCUCGAUCGUAACCAUUGUGUUAAUAUUUGGAAUUUAGAUAAAGAUGGCGGAUCAAAGCAUCGCCAAUGCGUACAAAUGGAAGCCAAGUUUUCCCAGAUUAUAUUUAUCCCAAAAUAUGCUUUUUACGCAGGAGUAUAUGAUCAGCAUACAGUAAAGUUUUUCACAUCCAAAAUGGAUAUAACUAACUGGGUUAAUGCAUCGCAUCCAAUCUAUGUUAUACACUAUUCUGCUCGAUUUAACGAGCUUAUUGUUGCGGGAACACACCAUAUUACGAUAUGGUCACUAAAUGGAGUGCAUCAAAAAGGACAGAUCCAGGUGGAAGCCACUCAUAGAAUCACAAUUAAAACAGGUCUCGAGAAAAAUGACUGGAUUGAAAAUUUUUAUAUUGAUGAAAAAAACAAGCAGAUUUGGGCAGUUAUUGAUGUUCAUUUAAUGCUAUUCGACUAUUUUACUGGCGAGCGGCUUGAGUACAUUGAAAAUGUUACAUCACGCAAAAUUUCAUGCAUUAUAAAUCACGACGCAUACCAGUACACGCUUGUAGGGAAUAUAGAUGGAACAAUCAAAGUCAUCAAUAUUGUCCGAGCAGUGGUGCACGAAUUUGUUUCACAUACAAAACGAGUGACUGCAAUUGCAAUUUACCCCUACGGACCAUUGAUUUUGUCAUGUGGACUGGAUUAUUGUAUUCGAAUGUACAAUUUAAAAUCAUUUCGUGAAAUAUUUAGCUUCCGUAUUCAUGAGUUACCACGUGGGAUGCAAUUGAUCAACGACAGUCAGCUUUUUAUUUAUACACGAAAUACCGUAGAAAUUUGGGCUACAAACCAAAUCAACUUGAAUUUAGCAACGCUAAGUUCAUCUACAACAAGUCUGGUUGCGUAUAAAGGUUUGAAUACACCUACCAGAAUUGUGAUUCGGACAAGCGAUGGUGUAAUUCGACUAUCAAGUCCAGCAAAUGGAAGAGCAAUAACUGCCACGCUACCUUUGCUAGAGACUGAUGCCGUUCGAGAUAUUUCUUAUUUUCCUGCUUUAGAUCGACUUUAUGUUAUGCUCAAUAAUGGAGAAAUCUGGACUUUUCGCACCGACCACAAUCCAUGCACUGUGGUAGAUAUCUGGAGACAAGCAGAAACAGCUAUGGAGCAUUGUACAAAGCUAGUAGUAUUUGAAGGAUUCGGUACCAAUGCAAAUUUUACACAAGAUGAUAUAACGACCCAACAGUCAAAAAGUAUAUCGCCAUGUACUCUGCUUGAGCGCACUGGUGAACAAAGUCGAUCGUUGAAACUUUUACUCAGAUGCUCAGAUCAAAAAGUAGCUUUGCCAGAUCGGUUUGGGUUCUUGUUUGGCGCAACAGCUAAUGGGCACCUGAUUGUUUUUGGCAGAGGUGGAUCAAUCAUAAACCGGUUUCAGAUUCAUCUUGGACCCAUCCAGCAGAUUAUCUGUGACUCGACAAGAAGCCUUUUGUUUAGUUUAGGAAAAGAUGAAGUCAUUAGAGUAUGUCGAGUAUGUCCAACGCAUGAAAGUUUUAUUCAAAUUGAGUUGACGAUUCCAACAAACUUCAAUCCAUUGUUGAUGUGUGUGAUGGAAAACACCAUUUGUGUUGCUUCAGAAGAUGCCACGUUGCACAUGUUUGAAUUUAAUCUAGAUAAACAUGAAUGGAGUAUUAUUGACGGCCACCCGAAAACAGAGGAUCAUACUGACGAAGUUAUUUCGAUUUGUAGCUUGCCAAAAUCAGAAUUCUUUAUUACAAUGGGAAAAGACGCAUCCAUGCGUUUGUGGAAUAAGAAAAACAUUCUUAUUCGCGAGAUUCAAUUUCAAGAACAGCCAGAUGGAUUGUGUGUGGCAAAUCCACGAGGAGAUUUGCUGAUUGCUAUUCAUAAUCGUAUUGAUAUUAUCCGGCAUUCUUCUUAUCUACCACCAAAUCUUGUCGGCAUUUCCAAAACAACCCAUACGAGCGACACCAAAGCUGAGCAACCCCUCCCAUUUGACGACGGAUUGAUUCCGUUAACUAGAGCCCCCCAAUUGAUUCGAAAAAGGCGAUUGCUAAGAGUUGAUAAAUCCAACCCAUGGAGUGUAUUUUCUCAAAUCAAUCUUUUUGAUUUUGACUCUGUAGAGAAUGAAUGGGCAGAUAUAGAUCUUCAUGCCUCUUAUUCGCUCAAAAAAGCGCAGCCUCGAUACGUUAGCGAUAUGUUGAACAAACUUGGGCAAGAAUAUCAUGCCAAAAUGACAAACCUGCAAGAGAGAGAUUUGGAAUAUAAAGACUACAUUGAUAGCUACUUGGAGGAAAGCAAUAAUACAAACGAAUAUGAGACAGAUCUCGUACGCUGCGUUGAAUCUAGAGCUCAAUCUCCUAGCGCAAAGGCAAUUCAAAGCAAAAAUCUAGUCAAAAGUCAAAUCAUCAAUACAAAUCUUAUCAAAUCGAAAUCGCAAAAUAUCGAGCAAGUAGAUAUAGCAUUUCAGCAAAAUUCUGAGGUCUUGGCCGAUACUGAAAAAAAGCACAAAUAUGAGAUUACAAUUGCACCUGAUGGAUCCAUUCCAAACUCUGGUAUCAUCGAACAAGUCAACUCAUGGCUGACUAUACACGGAAAACAGCCAUUGACAACAGAUGCAGUGCAUAGUUAUAAACGAGAAACCCUAGGACUAGUUGAACCUGACGAUGAUGAAAAACGGAUGCGCAGUGAACAGUACAAAACCAGGCUAAAGGAUUUGAUGAUGCAAAUGAAACGCGACGAAAGUACUUCAGAAGUUGUUUCAGAGGAUGAGCAGGCUCUAGAUAUGGGCGAUGACGAAAAUGAUGACGACGAUAAUAUUAUAAACAUGCGAAUUCAACGGCGAAUGUUGGCUGGUGCAGCUGAGAUUGUUCAGCAAACUCUAGAAAUCAAACUGUCACCCAUCAUUGAAAAAAUGAUGGAAUAUGACUGGUUUCCUGACGAUCAAAUAUUUUAUGCAGCUCAAAGCGGACUUGAAUAUGAUAUACACACUAUUAUCACCAAUAGUAAAGGAGAUCGUAUGCGCAAGGUCAAGGUCGAUUCUACAAGCGAUGCUCUGAUUCCCAUUCUCUUGAAUAUAUUUGAAAAAAAUUUAGGAGAGAUUCGAAAAGAAAUCUUGCAGUUUAUCUCGUGGAUCAAUCAAAACUAUGGGUUCAGAGAUACUACUUUAAUGGAGCGUCAUUACUGUCGCCAUUUGCAAUUGCACGCAAUGGGAUCACUAUUAUCAAGCGAAAUACUGCUUCGUACAAAAAUCCUAGAUUAUAUUGUGGAGCUAAAUCCAAACAAUCCUGAACUGAUCCCAACUUUGCUUAUGUAUACCACCUGUAUGUAUGAUGCAUUAAGAUUCAAGGCAAUCCAACUUCUUCGCGGAAUGGGUGUCAUGUGUAUUGAAGAGCCACCACUCAUGGAAAAUUUAACAAGAAUAUUUGAACAGGCAAGCGAUACUGAAUGCACGCUAGAAUCAUCUGCCAGUCAACAAAACCCUGCUGGUGCGUGUGAUGUCCGGACAAUGAUUGUCGAGUUUCUACGCGAAAACCUCAAGCAUUUCCUUGUCAAGUCUACUCCAAGUAUUGAAAUGUCUAAAAAACUACAGGCAUUGUCAAUAUAUGGGCUGGAGGAAAAAAAAAGAUUGGAAGAACGAGUGGUGAGGCAGAAAUCCAAGAAAAAACCUCCACAGUCUCCAUCUGAAUCGCCACUUGCAAUAGAACAAGUCAAACCUACAACGACUAUUCCUAGUGGAAGAAGAAGUGCCAAGCGAAAUGGAUUAAACACAACUGCCUUGACAGGCACUAAUGCAAGGACGAAUAGUGCUGAUGGAAAAAAGAUCAAAAGCAAAACACCGUUGUCUACAGAUGCCACAAGUGCGAUCAAAUCGAGUCGAAAGCAAACAAUGACAUCUGACAAAGAUACUGCUUUAAACACAAGUUUACUAAAAGAUGGAUUUCAACGAAAAAAGAGUGCCAUGCUUUUUGAUGAGCAAAACGCCAAAGCCAAUCUUGCUACACACCGCAAAAGUCUAAAAAGUGUAAAUCAGCUCAACACGAAUACAGCUGAAACACCAGAUAUUUAUAGCCAUUCUCAAACUACUAGAGGAUUAGAUUCAAGCAGCAAUAAGAUAGCAUCGCCAUUGUUUGCAUCAUCGGCUGAUGUGUCCAACAAAGAACCGGCUCUAAAACAAGUAGAUGACACGAGUGCACUUGUGGAUUAUAAAGCCAAAGCAGCUCAAUUGGAAAACAAAGUGACCCAGAUGCGUUUCAGACAAUUUCCAACUAGUCUGGAUUUGAUGUUUUACCCAGUGACUCCAGUCUCUAAACUCGACAUUACACAGAGCCAUUGCAAUCCUAUUCAAACUCUACAAGACCCACUCACAACAAACUUUAUUGAUGCAAUCAACUACGUCAUGGUUCUUGCAGAAACAAAAUUAGAAAACGAAGAGGCUGCUAAAAAAGAACUGGAGUUUCGUGCAGCUCUCGAAGUAGAACACGCUCGUUUGGAGGCAGAGGCAAGAGAUAAGCUUUUGAUUCUCAAGGCGCAAAAGGCUGCGGAAAAGCUAGCCAGAGACAAAGCACGUGUAGAGCGUAUUGCUGAACUAAAACGAGCAAAUAAAGACAGUGAUAAACCGGUACAGCCUAGAUCUAGAAUGAAAUUGUCAGACAUGCGAACUGGAGGCGUUGGGCAUACUCACCAGAGCCAUUGUCAUGAAUCGCGUGAAACGCUAGAUGUCCGAAUGAUGGCCUUUCCACCCAUCUUUUCAGAUGCUGCAAAAUAUAUGCAUAGCUCCUUGGCAAUGCAUAUAUUGCCACACAAAUCGAUGCCAAUGGAGCGUGUCCGCUUAAAUCCCUUUAGUGCUAGUGAAAGAUCAAACGAGUUCUCUGACUCUGGCCAACUAUGUAGUGUAUCAAGACAAGAAAGAAAGAAACCAACAUCUCAAGGGUCACUCAGACUACCAUCAACACAAACUUUCUCGCAUUCGCAGCAUCACAGAGUGGAUGAAGACGAUAUUCUCUUUAAAUUGACAGGGAUCAACGAGGAGACGACCAUAUCGGAGCUAGAUUAUAUUCGUGGAGCAACUCCAUGUAUAAGGACCAGAAACACUAGUAGAAGUGAUGGCUCGUUUUUACAAGCCGAGCUACUCGAGGAGACUCAAAGUUUGAUGAGCAGAACAAAUACCGACUUUCAAGGCAAUACAAGUCGAUUGGCAAUUCCCUCGGAAAAAAAAUAUUUCAUUUAUGAUCUGUCAGUAACCCAUGAAAACCAUGGACUUGACGGGGGUUUACAGGAUUCUGCUGAUCAAUCAAAAAAUGAGUCGAUCUGCACACAUUGCCAUCAUUAA